GCACGCGCGUCGCCGCUUGUUCUUAACACUAUUUUAGCGAGCUGCUUUUCCUGCCGCUUCUCCUGGAGGUUGGAGCGUGGCGACAUGCUGCUGACCGUGCUGAGCUGGCUCUGCUCCUCCCUGCUGGUGUCUGUCAGCGGGGGGAAGCUGCCCGAAGCUGAGGUGCAGAUAGAAGUCCUGCACAGACCCUUUCUCUGUCAUCGAAAAUCCAAGUACGGAGACAUCCUGCUGGUGCAUCAUGAUGGGUACUUUGAGAAUGGGACCAUGUUUCACUCCAGUCGAGCCAGUCGAGCUGAAGGUGACAAGCAGGCGGUGUGGUUCACACUGGGCAUCAGAGAAGUGAUCAAAGGCUGGGAUAAAGGCCUGCAGGACAUGUGCUCUGGAGAGAAGAGGAAACUCGUCGUACCUCCAGCCCUGGCCUAUGGGAAGGAAGGGAGAGGUAAGAUCCCACCUGACAGCACACUGACCUUCGUCAUCGAGGUGCUUGAGAUCAGAAAUGGACCGAGGUCACAUGAGUCCUUCCAGGAGAUGGACCUCAACGAUGACUGGAGGCUCUCCAAGGACGAGGUGAAAGUGUAUCUGAGGAAAGAGUUUGAGCGUCACGGCUACGCUCCCAAUGACACUCUACAUGAGAACAUGAUGGAAGACAUCUUUGCCAAAGAGGAUGAGAACAAAGACGGCUUCAUAUCCUCCAGAGAGUUUACUUACAAACACGAUGAACUUUAAAUCCUCAUCCUGUCCCACCAACCACUCCCUCGUCCGUUGUCUUCCAGUUUUCAUUGAUUUGUGGUGGGCAUUUUUUGGCACAGAGUUUUAUUGUCAACAAAUUAUUUCACUUUUAUAGAGGCAGUGUUUUGGUCUGGUGUGAAGCUUGGAGGCCAACCAGUCAGUCCCGGUGAUGUUUUGCUUCUUUGCAUUUUUGUGUGUUUUCUUCUACAAGAGCACACUGUUCAUACAUGGUUAGUUUAAAUUACUUUGAAAUGUCGUCAGUUACUGAACACAAAUUAUAUGGCAAUUCCUGUCAUUAGUAACGUAAUCCAUUGGAUUACCAAAAAAGUGAAUAAUCUGAAAUACUGGAUUACUUCAAAAUCAAGCGUUAGAAAUAUGGCACCUUAUACAAAAUAAAUAGACGCAGCCACAAAAAUGUUGUCUUUAAACAUCUCCGCUUGUAGUUGCAAUGCAUGCUGUGGGCAGGCAAUGUGAGUAGAUAACAAUAACCAAAUUUGGCUGUGAAAUUCCCCUUAUUGGUCUUUAUUUACUUAAAAAAAUUAACCUGAUCAAUGUAGUUUAACUUUUUAGGGGUCUAUCAGAAAAUAAGUAGUGCUUUACUUUUUUUCUGUACGAUAAACCAGUCUAUUUGUAUAAUAAGAUUGUGAGUUUAAAUUAAGUCAUGAAAAUGUGAACUUUGGUGAUCUUGACAUGGCAGGAAAAGCAGGUGUAACCAAGAAUAUAAUCCCUCUUGUUUCAUAUUCUGUUCUUCCAGUAAACCAGCAUACACAGUACUCAGGCCCUGGCGCUGGUAAACCUAAAUGGAAUGCAGCCAAUAUCAUUAUUAUUAUUAUUAUUAGAGACAGUUGUCUGCCAUGUGAGAACAACCGUGAGAAAGGUGCAUUGCACAUGCAGACAGCAGUGUUGAUGCUGAAAGGGUAUAUUGUUCAGCCCUGUUCAUAAGCAACAUACAUGAUCUCUCAUUCUUUCACAAAUUUAGCCUACUGUGUCUCGGACAGUUCAGUUAUCUAACUAUGAAUAGUUCUCUCUACGAGCUACAAUCCAUGGAAUACUUAUCUGAAAGGACAAAGUGAUGUUUCACACACUAGAAUCUCUAGACGGUUCAGUUUCUAUAGCCUCACGGUUCUUCAGGGUAAACGCAUUCUGGUGAGGGUUGAUUUUUACGUAUUUUACAACCAAUGUGAUCAAUAAAGUCAACAUU